CUCCGGUCACGCUGUCACCAGUCGCCGGCUCCCGAGCCCUGACAGAAAAGCCUGUAAAAAUGAAGAUCUGGGCGUCAGAGCAUGUUUUCAACUGCUACCUCCUUAGCUGCUAAUGCUUCACAUAAGUUAGCCACCCAUGGGAGACGGUGACCAAGGCCGCGAUGCAGAAAUACCCCAACCCUAUGAACCCCAGUGUUUUUGGUGUGGAUGUUCUGGACAGAACUGUGGACACAGAGGGACGGUUACACAGCACCAGACUGCUCAGCACAGAGUGGGGGCUGCCUGCCAUGGCUAAGUCUAUCAUUGGGGUAACAAGAACAUGCACUUAUGUUCAGGAGCAUUCGGUAGUGGACCCUAAAGAGAAGUCCUUUGAGCUGAAAUCUACAAAUAUCUCCUUCACUAACCUGGUAUCUGUGGACGAGAAAUUGACAUACAAGCCACAUCCACAGGACCCUGAAAAGACAGUGCUGACACAAGAAGCUCUGAUCAGUGUGAAAGGUAUCAGUCUGAGCAGCUACCUCGAGGGACUCAUGGCCAAGACCAUCUCUGUCAACGCCAGCAAGGGUCGGGAGGCGAUGGAGUGGGUCAUCAGACGAUUAAACACAGAAAUUGAGGAGUUGGCAGCGACCGCCCGUGGUACGAUGCGUGUUCCCAUGGCAGCGGCUGUUGCAGACAAAUGAUCCCGGCCUACUCUACUGCUUCCUCCAUCAUCAUCAUGAAGCGAUGGACUUCUCAGACUUUUCCCCUCAAAGGGGACCUCUCAUCUGCCAGCACAGCCUAAUAACCACAGCCCCAUCCUGGUAUGUUUGUUUUUGUUGUCACAAGAACCCGCUGUUCGUCCCUCCUCAGCAGUUUGCACAGACGAGUGUGAUACUUGUCUCUGUGGGCAUUGACCUGAGUGUUGAGCUGAUGACAGUUUAAAACAUAAAAAAACAAACUGGGUUGAAUUGGACUGCACUUGAAGCUCAUAGGACUCAGUCUUGUGAUGUUAAAGCUCUUAUUUGAAAAUUCACACUGUGCCUCCACAUCAUCUCAUCAAUUUAAUUUCCUCUUUUCUAACCUUUCUCCCCUUUAUCCUCAAAUUUUCAUCUCUCUCUAAUCUUCUCUUUUUAUUGUUUCUAAAUCCUUGUAAACAAGUUGAGCACUGGUAACAGCUGAAAUGAAGCCACUUUCACUAACCUUUUCUGGCCAGCCUUUCUUUGUACAGCAGAACUGACCAAAAUAUCUCAAAACCAAAACCCACCAAUGCAUACAAGCUGUACCAAAUAAUUUAGACUAUGUGUUACAAAUGGCAUCAGCUGUCUGUCUUGUGAUACUGAAGCAGCAGUUUUUUUUAGGUCAUAUACUAAGCAACCUAUAACCUUGAGAGAUUUUUUUUAAAUGCCAGGAUUUUAGUAUUUCUGUCAUGGUGCAAGAAUCCAAACAAGGCAACUUCCCCAGAAACAUCUGUCCUCUUGUUGUCUGAACAGUUUAUUUAUAAUAAAGACUGGCACAGCUCAGAGUCUUGACAGCCAGAUCUGUGCAGGUUAAGUGACCAGACAGGAAAACUACUUUGUGGGUGCACUUGCAUGGUGCUGAAACACAAAUGGUGCCUGUCCAAAGUGGAAAAGGGAGUUUUAGCUUAAUUUAACUUUUGUACCUUUGAUGUAGAUGCAGGUCUGCCUGCUAAAGCUGUCGGCACUGUGCACUGGUCCUCGGAGGUUGUAGUCUCCUCUGGUCAUUCUGAUCUAGUUUUGGCAAAAUGACUUGAUAACUUUGAGUUUUCCUUGUCUUUGUCAGUCUUUUCUCUUACAUUGAUGAUGUGCUGUAGUUAAGUGUUACAGAUUAAGAACGUGCAUACAUGAACAUAAAUGUUAACUUAAACUCAGCAUAAUUUUUCUUUUUAAAGGGUUAGAGCUGAAGCAACAUGUUGGCAUUCACCACAGUGUUUGUGUUGUGAACGCUCACCAGUGUUUUAGGGGGAGCACUACAGGGUUACGUUCAGAAUCCUUCCCAACAUGAAAUGUAAAGCUAGAAAUAACUGUACCAAUUUAGUGCCCCAAAACACUUAGACACCAUAUUUAUGAUGCUAUUAUUUAUGAACAAAGCCACUCUGUAUGCGCUGACCAUUUCUUUUAUACUGUCUAUAGAUACCAUAUUUAUGGUAUAUUUGUAUUGGUGAACAUUGACAAAGGCUGUAUAAUUGUUUGAUUUUUAAAAGCUGUUAGCUUGUGGUGUUUUGCAAGUGGCAGUGCAGUUUUGAUACUACAUUUUCAAGGCAUAUUCCAUGGAAGAAUCUGACAUGCAACAUUAUUGAGUUGUAGGUGACAUCAUAACCCUUUACCUCUCCACUUCUUCCUCUUUUCUUCGCUCUAGACAUUGUAAUAAGGACAGUUGUACAAAUUAAAGUUUACUUUGAAGAGGUUUGUGGUAGAACUGUUUUUCACUGAAGCUCAGCAGCAUCACAAGUCUUCCAAGAUGCUCCACAUUCAGUAUCGUGCUCCACUGUCAUGCUGUCAGUCAGUUCAGUUUUUUUCACACUUGCUUCCAGUUCAACUGAUUUUUUUUUUUUUAACCGCAUCUUUCAUAAUUAAUUCUGCAUCCCAUCAUUCAUAGUGCAGUUCAGGAUCAUUCUGUUUAAGGUCUGGUCUACUGCAAUCAGCCAGUCGGUAUCCACACAGCAUCUCGUUUCAUGAAUGAAGUGUGAUGUUUUUCUAUGGGGCAUAUUUUAAGAAGAAGUGGCUGUAAAUAGGCUUAUAUUUAUAUUUUGGUUGUUACAUUCCAAGAAUGUGAACAUGUAACAGAAUCUGAAGAGUGCACACUGAAAUGUUUCAAAAUAAAGAGAUGUCACUGUUUCAUGAA